AUGGUUCUUGAUGCUGUUGCUACUUCCGAAAGCGCUUUGUUGCGUGCUCUGGAGAUGUUGAAGGCCACUGCAGGUCCUGGAACAGUUCAUCAUCCGUCCGACUCAAUUGUCACAGGCGAGACAGAUGACAGCGUAGAUGAGUAUCAGCCGGGUCAAAAAGAGUCGGAACAGGAUCACGCGGACGAAACAACAUUAGUUACACUGAAGAAUGCUCACCGGGUCACUCAGCGCGCUAUGCUUACCAUGGAAAGAGAGGGGAAGCAACGCCAUGCAGACGAGCAGGUCGGGUUCAUCAUCAUAAAACGCGACAACAACAAGCCAGAUGCCUAUGGCGAGUCGUCUGAAACAUACGGCCCACUGCCGUGGCCGGGGGUCGCCGAAGCAUACAACAAAAAGUACGAUAUGUCUGUCGGUCCAGCGGCGAUGGAGAAGCGCGCGCGACAACACCGACCUGCUUGGUUAGCCAAACAUCCAGGUUAUCCCCUCAAAAUAAUGUACGCAAAGAAACCAAAGACACAAGCCAUUCGGCGCUCGAAGGUUGCCGCCCUACACGCCCAAGCUCCUUGCGUGCAAGCCUACACCAGCAACCAAAAGAUGCGUGUGGACAAGCGCGAAGGUUCCAUCUCCAAUGAACGCAUCGCCGGAUGGAUGCCUCCAGAUGCCAUUCGAAAUCGAGCAGACGUACAUAACUAUAUAGACGACCUAAUGUCAGCACACGUCGAAAGGGUUGUACUAGAGGUACAUGACGCACAUGACUCACCAUCUGAAGUUGUUAUCGGCGACCUCGAAUACCUUGGUAGCAGCUCCGUGGUGCUUCAGCAAUUAAUGGCUGCCGACAGCGAGACGACAGUACAGGUUGAUUGCUCAUCCCUAGAGGUCGUUCAGUGGUACGUACAAUGCAGCUCAGCCGGAUGUUUGACGAAAGCGCCGGUAGAUCUCCAUCACGGAAACGGCUCACUCAUGGACCUGUACUGCUUGGCUGCACAGCUUCAAGACGACGACGUGUGCGGGCUGAUAUUGACACUGUGGCGUAGUCUUGCGGAAAAGAACGUCGAGAUGGAUUUAAGUGUCGAGAGCAUGAACUUGCUCUUCGAAACCACUCGCUACGAGGAUCCAGCCCGCGGAUUUUGGGUUGAUAUCGCCCAUAGAGCGAAAAUAGCUCCUGAACUUAUCAAGAUGGGCGGCUGCAAUGCGGAACUGAUUGCUGCAAUUCAGAGCAAAGGACCAUGA